UUUGAAAUCGAAAGAAGUGCGCGUAAUCAUAAACAGUCUUGUCUUCGACAGAGCGAGUUUGAAAUCGAAAGAAGUGCGCGUAAUCAUAAACAGUCUUAUCAUCGACGGAGAGAGUUUGAAAUCGAAAGAAGUGCGCGUAAUCAUAAACAGUCUUGUCUUUGACGGAACGAAUUUGAAAUCGAAAGAAGUUCGCGUAGUUCUGUGAGAUGGGUAACAGGAAGAACCGGAGGAAUUCGUCGAAAAAGUCGCCGAGAAAGAACACGGUGGAAUUUUAUAAACAAAGGGCAGCAGUUAUACCUGAGUGCCGGGAUAAGAGUGAGGCCCUCGUAGAAUACGGCGAGCAGGACGAACCGAUCUGGAAACCACCCGCCGAAGUACACCUCUGGUACUCAUUGUACACUCGGCACGCAAGAUUUCUGCUGUGCGAAACGCAGUGCCAGAAGGGUAUCAGUUUUAACGAGGCACUGGAAAACUCUGCAUCCGGUAUGGCGGACCAAUACUUCAGUGACUGCCUGCACCAAAAUCGGUACAAGCCGCUUACGACAUUGGCUCAUAUGAAAAAACAUGGGCCUCCGCAGACGCUGACGGCGAAAUGGUCCACAAAUGACAGGAAGCUGUUCGCCGCAGGUUAUGUAGUACACGGCAAGGAUUUUGCCUCUUUAAGAAAGCAAUAUUUGCCGGAAAAGACCAGGGGAGAAAUCGUCGUAUAUUACUAUAAAUGGAAGCGGACUGCGGAGGGGAAAGAGCUCAACCGUCAGCGUGUUCUCACGGAGAACCAGAAACCGAAACGCAACAACAGAGUUAAGGCCGCAACUCCCGAGAGGACGGUUGAGCCAAUCCCUGAGUUUCCAGCGUCGACAAGACGUUUUACGCGUAGCGCCGCCGCUGAACAGAGAGCGGCCAUUGCGGCGGCGCAGGACGCUGUCGACGGUGGCGCUUCCACUUCCGCAAAGGAAGUGUGAUACACGACCGUCCUUACACCAUUUGAACCGCCGCAAACGCAUUCCGGAGGCCAUACUUUUCGGAACCUGUUCUAGAACGAGAUUAAUCAUUCGUUUCGAUUAGGAAUGAAUGACUAUCUGCAUGGCGUUGCUGAGUAGACCGUUGAAGACUGAUAUUGAAUAGAUCCCGGUGAAAUAAUUUUAAUCACCAAGCGUUAUCGGCGUCAUUAAUUUCGAUACUUGCUCGCUGACUGCUUAUUGACAAGCUUCGUGUACUAUAUUAUAUAUAUUGUAUAUAUUUUUAAUGUACAGUGACGGUAGGCGAUAUUUUAUUUAAUUAAGGCCACUGUAUAUUGUUAUUAUGUUUUUUCUUUUAUUCGUGUGGGACGUUGUUCUCAUUCAACUGUGUGAAACCUGACGUAAAAUAUAUUAAAUUUUGUAAUACUAUAAGGCAGUUUUCCGACAUGUUAGAAUUUUUGGCGUGCAAUAUACUUCUUGUUGUUUGUUUCAUUAUUGUUAAUAAGUUAUUCGUAAUGGUAAUAAUUAUAUGUACUUCAAAGUAUUUCAUCGAUCUCGAUUACCAUGCGUUUUCCGUUCGAUAUUAGUUUAUAGAAUAGAGAAAUAGAAAAGUUGUAAUGUACAAUAAUACAAAUACCUGAUUUGGGCACGGUAGAUAGUUGUUUCUUCAAAUGAGAAGAAUUCUAGUUGUAUGAAUGAACGUGUCGAAUGAAUGUAUCGAAUGAAGAUAAGAUGUACAUAAUUCUAUUUUUUCAUACCUGUCGCAAUAUAUGACAAAUUUAAUAAAGGAUAAUC